AUGAUGUUCACAAAUAAAUCGUUGAAGUUCCGCACAUGUCUCGUGGUACUUUCCAUGAUGAGCUUCCUUAUUCAGACAGCCGUAUCCGAAGACGAUUUUGAUUACGAGAAACAAAGGGAAGAAUUGAAGAAAGCCCGAGAUGCUGCCAAGCCAUGGUUCCUUCGCAAUCUUGAAAUUGGUGGCACCAAAAUUCCCAUUUCUCCAGUGACAGGACUCAUCUUCUCCGUCCUGUUUAUCAACUUAUUCAAUAUCAUGUUUGCCAGUUUGUGGGCCGAAGCCGCGCACAUUCUCAUUGAAGAUCCUUCCAGCAAUACAAAAAAGAUGUUGGAAGCCAUGAAAAAGGACAUUGAUGACGACUACAAGAGAUUUGGGGACUAUGCGGCAAAGUACAGCCAGUGCCCCUCCAAAAAGGUAAAGGGAGACCUCGGUCGAUUCAAGUCGGGGGACAUGGCACCGCCUUUUGACAAAUUGGUAUUCAAUCCAAAAUCGCCAUUAGAAACAACGUUGGGACCGGUCCAAACACAAUUUGGAUGGCAUCUGAUAUUUAUUCGGGCCAGAAGUAAACUAUAG